GGGUAUGCGCCGCGUGCGCCCACAUGUUGGUUGGUGGUAGGUGCCUUGCUUUGCACACCCUCCGUUCUUCUUGACCACGAAAGAAAACAGCAAUGGACACGAUGUACGAAGCUCCGCAGCUAUUUGGGAAUUAGCUCCCGAGCAGCUGUCUGUCGACACCAGUCCCAGGUAGCAUCAUCAUCGUCAUCAUGCUUAUCAAAAGCAGGUUCGAUCAUAACAAAUGAUGCCUAUUUGCAGACCCGCCAACGGCUACGUAAGAAAAGCCCACGCAGGGACAAGCAUUCAUAACCUCCCCCAAAACGAGGUCAGGCUAGCGACGACAUUCUACGGGAUCACUGGGGUUAAAUUUAGAGGUGAUGGACUCUUUAACCCUAGAUUUACGGACCAGGAUGGUCCAUGUUGGCUGAAUGCUUGGAAGCAGCGGGUGACAGCCGGGGGCUGACGAAAUCAAUUGUCCAGUCCAGCUCGCCAUCUUUCAUCUUGCAUACACAGCGCUCCAUGACCGACUAAUUGCAAACACUCUUCCAUUGCAAUCUGACGCCCUGUACUAUGUACAUUAAGUACGUCCAGCCAAGCCGGUCGCCGACCAGGCUUAAAAUAAGUAUAACCCUGUUGUACCGACAGAAUGGUCGACUACCGGUCAAGAGCGUGGGUAGGCGACAACUGUGCACACAAGAUGCGAGCCAUGCCAUCUCCAUGUUCAUGUCCGACGGAAGCACAUGUGCUCUGUCCCUUAUUUUUUUUUGCCCCGUUGCUUCCCAACCAACCAUUGCCCGCCAGCCACUCGAUUCAACUUCAACCCUAAUAUUCCACCCACAGACUGGGGCCACAAUGAACAGACCCAUAGCCCUCAUUGUACAGGACCACAUUCGAUCUUCUCCAUUUUCAAGUACCUGCCGGUCUGGGCUUGCAUCGAUCUCCGUCUCCUAUCCUGCCUGUUCAUCCAUGCCUAUUAGGUGUACUUGUUCGAUUGGCCCGCAAUCACGUACCAGAUGUACAUCAGUACAUAGCAUCGCCGUUCUUAACCCUGCUCCUCGCUCGCCCUUCACUCUUUUGAAACCUCAUUCAAUGAUACUAUGCCAAACAGAAAGAAAUACCCACUUCGAACCCCGCGUGAUCCCUCACUCUUUCUGUCGCCAUCGCCAGUACCGUCUCAACCCACCUCAACCCGCCUUUAUGAUCCGACUACGAACAUGACAACGACACCACCAGCACACACCCCAGUCCACCCCACUGUUCCGCUCAAGCACGUUCAUCUCCACCACAGUCUGGCGUGGGAUGCUCAUUACUCCGCAAUCUCUCAUCUCUGAUCAAUGCUCUACCAAACCGCGUCGCCACGCGACGCAGGCAGGCACAGACCCGAACCGACCCGCCAUAUGCUUCUUGUUUUUCCACCAACCCAUCCCCGCCUUUCCUAAAAAAAGGAAAUCUAGCUUGCCUACCUAACAUUAUGGCAUACAUGAUAACUAACAUGCCUAUCCCGACCCUAAAAAGAGCCCCUGACUUUUCCCUCUUCCAACCCCCCCGCAGACGCCUCUCCCAGGCAUACGAACGCCAUAUCCACCUCCACUUCUCCAUCUCCAUCAAACUCUACGCGUGUGUAGACACGCACGCACGCUCGCACGCACCUCUUUCCAUUCCUUGUGUCUUUCACUCGUACAUCUGUCUAUCCAUAUCUCAUGGCGGACCAGCCACCCCGACUCUCGUAUCCCAACGCCAACGCCAUAUCGCGGCCACAUGUCCACCCAAGCAAGCCUUUUUG